GGUUUCUUCAUGGAAGCUCUCGUUUAUAAAUAAUACCGAUAUCGACGUAGCUUUUCUAACUUCCAAGCAUAUUUAUGUAUUUUGCCCUUGGUCAACCCCAUCGUUCAAAUCGCCGAACCUUUUCCAUCCAAGCCUACAGUGGCCGAUAGACUCCGUAUUCAAUUCAAAACAAGCAGCUAGCAUGGCGACCAAUGCUGAAAACCCUAUACCCUUUUCUGAGCCUCCGUAUCUCUGCGGUCUCCCCUCACCAUAUUACACAGAUGCCCAUCGAGCGUUCCAGAAGAGAUGCCGGGCUUUCCUCUGGGAGAAUCUAAACAAGCAUGCCAUGGAAUGGGAGCGUGACAGCCAAGUACCCGAACAUGUUUUUGAAACAUUUGGCAAGCAUAACAUGUUGUUACCGAAUUUGCCUUCUCCACUGCCUGUUGACUGGCUGAAGAGGUUGGAUAUCCAUGACAUUCUGGGAGUCAAAGUCGAGGACUGGGAUCUCGUAUACACGGGCAUAUACCUGGAUGAAAUGGCUCGAUCGGGGUUGCAUGGGCCACCCAGCUCUCUGACAGCCGGGUUGGCCUUUGGUAUUCCCCCGAUUAUCAAGUUCGGCAGCGAGCAGUUGAAGGAGAGGUUCCUUCCAGAGUUCCUGACAUGCAAGAAGAGAAUGUGCAUUGCUAUCACUGAACCUGAUGCGGGCAGUGACGUUGCCAAUAUCACCACAACGGCAGAGAAGACUGCGGACGGAAAGUACUAUAUUAUCAAUGGAACCAAGAAAUGGAUUACCAAUGGUAUCUGGUCCGAUUAUACUACGAUGGCUGUUCGCACUGGCGGUCCCGGGGCUUCUGGCCUAUCGAUUGUCGUUGUUCCCUUAAAAAAUUAUCCAGGAGUGUCUAUGCGUCGAUUCUACGUCAGCGGUCAAACCGCUAGCGGUACCACGUACAUUGAGCUUGACGAUGUUAAAGUGCCAGUUGAGAAUCUCAUCGGCGAAGAGGGCCUGGGGAUGAAGUACAUCAUGACCAACUUUAACCAUGAGCGUCUUACCAUCGCGGUUGGUGUAACACGUCAGGCACGUGUUGCGCUCAGUUCGGCCUUCGAAUACUGCAUUAAACGGGAAGCUUUCGGCAAGACAUUGAUGGAUCAGCCCGUUGUGAGGCACCGCCUGGCCAAGGCAGGUGCAGAGUUAGAAUCCAUGUGGGCGUGGGUCGAGCAGUUCUUGUAUCAACUCAAGCAUAUGCCUAAGGACGAGGGUGAUCGCCGGCUAGGGGGUCUCACUGCUUUAGCCAAGGCAAAGGCGGGUAUGGUGCUUAAUGAGUGUUCGCAGGUUGCAGUCCUGUUGUUCGGUGGUAACGGGUUAACGAGAACGGGCCAAGGAGAGCUCGUUGAAAAAAUUUCCCGUGAGGUUUGGGGUGCCCGCAUCCCAGGAGGUUCGGAGGACGUGCUCCUCGACCUCUCGAUCAGACAGCUCGUCAAGGUGUACAAGGCGGAAACCAAGAAAUUGGGACAGUCAAGGCUUUGA